AUGUCUCUUCUUUUUGCUUGCAUCACCGUGCUUUUUUGGGUUAUCGGAUCAGCCGUCGGACAAUCAAGCUAUGAUUGCUCAGAAGUGGCGGAUAACUUCAUCCCAUGCGUAACCUACCUGGUUGAACUCGAAUCGAGACCGGUGGAUCGGUGUUGCAGUGGCCUUCAAGUGCUGAACCAAAUGGCGAAAAUCAAUGACAAGGGUCCGAGAAACAUAUGCCAAUGCAUUGAAGAUUUGGCCUACACAAUGAAUGCUCCGUAUGUUGCUUCUCGGAUCCAGUCUUUGUCUCGAGAAUGUCAUAUUCACUUCAGUUUUCCGAUUUCUAUUGCCAUGGAUUGUUACAGGAUUUAA